AUGGACUUUCUUGGUUCCACGAAGGAUAACGGUAUGUUAUCAGUCUUGUUCUCGUUUUCGGAAUCUAUUUUGCCUCCAGAUUCUAGGUCUUUGCUUCUGGAACCUCUUUUCCUAAGAUGGGUUUCUGGUUUCUUACACGCGGUUUUGUUGCUGGUGCUGUUUUGCUCAUGGGUGCGUGACAAAAUUAGGAGAAAUAAUGGUUAUGUUGUUGUUACGGAGAGUUUGAAACAUAGGAGGGAUUUCGGGUUUAAGUCGGCUCUGUUUUGUAGUCUAGCUCUGUCUCUGCUGAAUCUCGUGUUGAUGUCGUUGAGUGGUUUCCAUUGGUACGAGAGUGGUUGGUCAGAUGGAGAACAGCUAGUUUCUCUCGUCGGGUUUCUAUUGGGAAUGGUUUCUUGGGGGGUUUUGUCGAUUUGCCUGCAUCGCUGCAGUGAUUAUGAGCAUAAAAAGUCUCCGUUUUUACUUAGGCUUUGGUUGGUUUUCUAUCUCGCGGUUUCUUGCUACUCUCUUGUGGUAGACAUCGUUAGUGCUGCUUUGUUUCUUGGUUAUGUGGCUUUCUUCAAGAAAGUUAAAGCUAGAGGCAACAACAGCAAUGGAGUUUUGGAAGAGCCACUGUUGAAUGGAGAUUCCAGUGUAGAGUUGAAUAAGGCCAAUGGGAGUGAUGAGGCUACUCCGUACUCUAGAUCUGGCAUUCUCGGUCUUUUGACUUUCUCUUGGAUGAGUCCAUUGAUAAACCUUGGAAACAUGAAAGCUCUUGAUCUAGAAGAUGUUCCGCAGCUUCAUGAUAACGACAGCGUGGUCUUGUUAGCUCCGAAGUUUAGAGUUAUGCUUGAUUCAUCAGAUGGUGGUGAGAGAAGUGGCGUGACAACAUUCAAGCUCAUAAAAGCGUUGUUCUUCUCGGCUCAGUGGGAGAUUAUAGUGACUGCAUUCUUAGCUUUCAUCUACACGGUCGCGUCAUAUGUUGGGCCGGCACUCAUUGAUACAUUCGUUCAGUACCUUAAUGGACGCAGACAGUACAACAACGAAGGGUAUGUGCUAGUCAUUACUUUCUUUGUUGCUAAGCUCGUGGAGUGCCUUUCGCAGAGACAUUGGUUCUUUAGGUUGCAGAAGCAAGGACGCACAAGUGGGGAGAUUAUAAAUUUCAUGACUGUGGAUGCUGAGAGGAUUGGUAACUUUAGUUGGUACAUGCAUGAUCCAUGGAUGGUUUUGUUACAAGUCGGUCUAGCUUUGUGGAUCUUGUAUAGAAAUCUUGGAUUAGCAUCACUAGCGGCUUUGAUUGCUACCAUUCUUGUAAUGCUUGUGAACUUCCCAUUCGGGAGAAUGCAAGAGAGGUUUCAGGAGAAGUUAAUGGAAGCUAAGGAUAACCGGAUGAAAUCAACGUCUGAGAUCUUGAGAAACAUGAGGAUCCUCAAACUUCAGGGAUGGGAGAUGAAGUUUCUGUCAAAGAUUUUCGAUCUUAGGAAAUCUGAAGAAGGGUGGUUGAAAAUCUCCACUUUUGGUGCUUGUAUACUUCUUGGCAUUCCCCUUGAAUCUGGAAAGAUACUCUCAGCUCUGCAACCUUCAGGAUUCUACAAGAGCCGAUCUACAAUCUUCCGGACACUAUCUCCAAUGCUUGUGCAAACAAAAGUCUCUCUUGACAGAAUUGCAUCCUAUCUUUGUCUAGACAACUUACAGCCAGAUGUUGUAGAGAGGCUUCCUCAGGGAAGUUCAGACAUAGCUGUGGAGGUGACAAACAGCACUUUAUCAUGGGAUGUUUCAUCUGCUAACCCAACUCUCAAAGACAUCAACUUCAAGGUCUUUCCUGGGAUGAAGGUUGCAGUUUGUGGUACUGUUGGCUCUGGUAAAUCAAGCUUGCUUUCAUCUAUACUAGGAGAAGUACCAAAGAUAUCUGGAAGUCUUAAGGUUUGUGGGACUAAAGCGUACGUUGCACAGUCUCCUUGGAUUCAGAGCGGUAAAAUUGAGGACAACAUCUUGUUUGGUAAGCCUAUGGAAAGGGAAAGAUAUGAGAGGGUGCUUGAAGCUUGUUCUUUGAAAAAGGAUCUAGAGAUACUCUCAUUCGGGGAUCAGACUGUGAUUGGAGAACGCGGCAUCAAUUUGAGUGGUGGACAAAAGCAGAGGAUACAGAUUGCACGAGCUCUCUACCAAGAUGCAGAUAUCUACAUGUUUGAUGAUCCUUUUAGUGCUGUGGAUGCACACACAGGGUCACAUCUCUUUAAGGAAGUUUUGUUGGGGCUUCUCUGUUCCAAAUCUGUUAUAUAUGUAACUCAUCAAGUUGAGUUCUUACCUGCUGCUGAUCUUAUCCUGGUCAUGAAAGAUGGAAGGAUCAGCCAAGCUGGAAAAUACAAUGAUAUCCUCAACUCUGGAACAGAUUUCAUGGAGCUUAUAGGUGCACAUCAGGAGGCUCUGGCGGUUGUUAAUUCGGUUGAUACUAAUUCUGUCUCUGAGACAUCAGCCUUAGGUGAAGAAAACGGUGCUGUGAGAAAUAAUGCUAUUGGGUUUGACGGGAAACAAGAAGGUCAAGAUUUGAAGAACGACAAGCCAGACUCUGGGGAGCCUCAAAGACAACUUGUGCAAGAGGAAGAGAGGGAGAAAGGUAGCGUCUCUUUGAGUGUGUACUGGAAGUAUAUUACACUGGCGUACGGAGGAGCUCUUGUGCCUUUCAUAUUGUUGGCACAAGUUCUGUUUCAGCUUCUACAGAUUGGAAGCAACUACUGGAUGGCUUGGGCUACUCCUGUUUCUAAGGAUGUGGAAGCUCCUGUAAAUCUUUCCACGUUGAUGAUUGUGUAUGUUGCUUUGGCCGUUGGAAGUUCUCUCUGCAUUCUUUUUAGAGCCACACUUCUUGUCACCGCUGGUUACAGGACUGCCACUGAGCUGUUUCAUAGAAUGCAUCACUGCAUUUUCCGUUCGCCAAUGUCUUUCUUUGAUUCUACUCCAAGCGGAAGAAUCAUGAACAGAGCUUCUACAGACCAAUCUGCGGUGGAUUUGGAAAUACCAUCUCAAUUUGGAUCAGUUGCUAUCACAGUCAUUCAGCUUACUGGAAUAAUUGGAGUUAUGUCUCAGGUUUCUUGGCUGGUUUUUCUUGUCUUCAUCCCUGUGGUUGCUGCCUCCAUAUGGUUGCAGCGAUAUUACAUAGCUGCAGCACGAGAACUUUCACGGUUAGUUGGAGUAUGCAAAGCCCCUCUGAUUCAGCAUUUUGCUGAAACGAUUUCAGGAUCAACAACCAUCAGGAGUUUCAGUCAAGAAUCUAGAUUCCGCAAUGACAACAUGAGGCUAAGUGAUGGUUACUCUAGGCCCAAAUUCUAUUCAGCUGGAGCAAUGGAAUGGCUUUGCUUCCGCCUUGAUGUGCUAUCUUCGCUUACAUUUGCCUUUUCACUUGUUUUCUUGAUCUCCAUACCCACUGGAGUGAUUGAUCCAAGCCUAGCGGGACUAGCCGUGACUUAUGGACUCAGUUUGAAUACUCUGCAAGCUUGGCUGAUAUGGACUCUCUGUAAUCUUGAGAACAAAAUCAUAUCGGUGGAGAGGAUUCUUCAGUAUGCAAGUGUUCCCAGUGAGCCACCUCUUGUGAUCGAGUCAAACCGACCUGAGCAAUCAUGGCCUUCACGUGGAGAAGUGGACAUCCGUGAUCUUCAGGUCCGAUAUGCUCCACAUAUGCCACUUGUGUUGCGGGGAAUAACAUGCACAUUCAAAGGAGGGUUAAGAACAGGAAUUGUAGGAAGGACAGGAAGCGGGAAAUCGACUUUGAUUCAGACCCUUUUCCGCAUUGUAGAGCCAUCAGCUGGAGAAAUCAUGAUAGAUGGAGUGAAUAUAUUGACCAUUGGGCUGCAUGACUUGCGUCUAAGGCUAAGUAUUAUACCCCAAGAUCCAACCAUGUUUGAAGGAACAGUGAGAAGUAACCUGGACCCUCUUGAAGAGUACACAGAUGAUCAAAUAUGGGAGGCUCUUGACAAGUGCCAGUUAGGAGAUGAGGUGAGGAAAAAGGAGCAAAAGCUAGACUCAUCUGUGAGUGAGAAUGGAGAGAAUUGGAGUAUGGGACAGAGGCAACUUGUGUGUCUUGGGAGAGUGCUUCUCAAGAGAAGCAAGAUCUUGGUGCUCGAUGAAGCCACGGCUUCUGUUGACACUGCAACUGACAAUCUUAUUCAGAAAACGUUAAGGGAACACUUCGCAGAUUGUACAGUGAUAACCAUUGCACACAGGAUAUCUUCGGUUAUUGACAGCGACAUGGUUCUGCUUCUAAGCAAUGGGAUCAUUGAGGAGUAUGAUUCGCCAGUGAGAUUGCUGGAGGACAAGUCUUCAUCUUUCUCUAAACUCGUGUCAGAAUACACCGCAAGAUCAAGUUCCAGUUUUGAUUAA